AUGCGAAUAGAGCAAAAUAUAUCAAUGUUCAUCAAUUUCUACUACAUUUUCUUUACAAUUCUAGCGAUUCCAGUCAAUUUGUUGCUGAUUUAUUUGAUAUUAUUCAAAUCACCAACUUCUUUUCAGUCAUAUCGGUAAGUAAAAUACAAUGAUAAUGAUAGAUUUGUGGUCUAGAAAAUUCAUUUUUAAUUUUUAGCUUUCUACUUCUCAACACGGCUGUCAAUGAGACGUUUCUGAUUGUUUUCUCAUUUUUCCUACAAAUCAGGUACUUGACUUCUGAACUUUUGUUUGGAAUUUGGCCACGUGGAUUUUUAAAAUUAUUGAUAAAAAAUGAUUUAAUUAUUUUUGAAAAUCUUCGGUCCAAAAAAUAGAAUCCGCUAUUCUGAAACUUCAACUAAAAUAUUGCAUUCCCUAAUGUUCCAGAAUAAUCAGUGCUGGUGAUUCAAUCGCUCUUCUUUCAUAUGGCCCAUCUCGUUUAUUCUCAGUCGAAUUCAAUUUCAUAAUCUACAACAUUUACAAUGUUUUUCUUUGCACAACAAAUCUUUCAUUGAUUAUUUCAAUGCAUUAUAGAUAUUGUGUUAUUUGUUAUGGUCGAAUUGAAAACACAACAAUUCUUCGAAAUCUUUCCAUAACAACUGCAAUUCCUCUCGCAAUGCUAAUAGCCAUUCUAAUUCCACCAUUCAAUUUCUCAACAGUUGUCAAAAAUACCGAAAAGGCUUAUCCCUCAUAUAAUUUAUCGAAUGUUUAUGGGAAUUAUGGUGGUUUUUAUUCAACGACAACAAUUAUUUAUUCAAUAAAUACAGGGAUUUUAAUGGGGAUUCCCUAUUUGAUGCCAAUUUUUAUUUUAUAUUGUAGAAGGAAGAUUUUCAAACAAAUUAAUGAGGUUCAAACUCAUUUGAGUGAUCGGACUAAAAAAGCUUCAUUAGAUCUUGUUCGAGCAUUGACAAUGCAAUCUUUAUUUCCAAUGAUUUGUCUUAUUCCAAAUGUUGUUUAUUUUUUGGUUUCACAGGUAAUUUUAAUUAAUUAAUAGGCAAUUGCUCAGAAUAAGGAGAAGAUCAAAAAAAAAUUUCUCAGAGAAAUAAAUUUAAUUAUAUAAUUUUCUAGAAACAACACAUGGAAAUUGAAAUCGCCGAAUAUCUACCCUUUCCAACAUGUUGUUUACCUUGUUUAAUUGACCCUCUUCUGACUAUCAAAUACGUGGCGCCAUAUCGAAAUUUUAUUACUAGAAAGGAUAAAAGAAUUGUGAAAAUUCCAACUAUUUCAGUGGCCCCUUCAUCGAUUCGAACAUUUUGA